AUGGUCGUCCUCGCGGCUUCAAUCUGCACACGUGGUGGGAAAGCUGUCCUCUCGAGACAGUUUCGCGAGAUGCCACGAUCUCGCAUAGAGGCCCUCCUGGCCUCAUUCCCCAAGCUGGCCGACAGCGGCACGCAGCAUACGACAGUUGAGCAAGACAAUGUCCGAUUCGUUUACCAGCCGCUUGACGAGCUCUACAUGGUCCUCAUCACGAACCGCCAGUCCAACAUCCUGCAGGACAUCGACUCGCUGCAUCUGUUCGCCCAGGUCGUUACCAGCGCGUGCAAGACACUAGAUGAGAGAGAGAUCGUCAAGAAUGCCUACGAGCUUCUCAGUGCCUUUGACGAGCUCGUUACCCUCGGCUACCGCGAAAACCUGACCAUGAGCCAGAUUAAGACGUUCUUGGAUAUGGAAUCUCACGAAGAGCGUAUCCAAGAAAUCAUAGCACGAAACAAAGAGCUCGAGGCAACCGAGGAGCGGAAACGCAAAGCCAAGCAACUCGAAAUGCAGCGCAAGGAGUCGGCGCGGAGCGGUCGUGGGAACAUUCCAAAGGCGCCUGUCUAUCCGACAUACCAAGCCCCCACGCGGCCAAACGCAGCCGAUUCAUUUGACAGCUACGAGGCCGAGAAGAACAAGACGUACAACAAAUUUUCGGCUGCGGCCAAGGGCAAGGGAAUGCAGCUAGGCAAGAAGUCCAAAACUACGGACAUGUUUGAGCGAGUUAGGGGUGACAUGGGUGGUGAGAUGGACGACAGUCCUCUCGUGACCCCGGCCCCCGCAGCGGCCGAGCCAUCCUCACGGCACCAGUCGACGUCGGUAGAUCGAGAUGCUAUUCACGUCACCGUCUCCGAAUCCAUUAGCGCCAAGUUGUCCCGAGAAGGCGGGGUCAACUCGUUGGCCGUCAGCGGCGAUCUCACGCUUCGCGUGUCCGACCCUAACUUGACAAAGAUCAAGCUCGCCCUCCACGCGGUUCCGUCGCAUGGCGCCCAGUUCCGCACCCAUCCUAACGUUGACCGCAACCUCUUCAAUAACUCCAAGACGAUUCAGAUGAGCAACGUUGCUCGCGGCUUCCCCGUCAACAACGCGGUUGGAGUUUUGCGUUGGAGAGCGUCGCCAAAGGUUGAUGACACAACCGCUUGCCCGAUCACAUUCACCGCUUGGAUCAACAACGACUCGGGCAAGUUCAAUAUCACGGUCGAGUACGAGCUGACUGGCGGAGAUGCAUUGCGAGAUGUCGCUGUCGUUAUUCCAUACGCGGCGAGCGAACCCGUCGUUUCCAGCUUUGACGCUGCGUACGAGGUCUCCGGCGAUGCUCUGGAGUGGAACGUGGGUACCGUCGACGACGAGAACCCUAGCGGCUCUUUUGAGUUUGAGGCCGAGAGCCUUGACGAGAAUGACUUCUUCCCUAUGACAAUCAGAUUCACCAAGACGACGCCAUAUGUGGAUGUUGAUGUAACUUCCGUACUGUUGAUGGAAGAGAACGAGGAGGUUACGUUUUCAAAAGAGAUCAAAUCGCAUGCGGAAAACUACUCUAUUGAAUGA